GAAAGUAAAAUUAAUUGGAAAGAAUAUGGAUGGUUUGCUUUGAAAACUGCUGGGGCGUCAGCAGCAGUUAUUGGUGGAACCGCUGUAGUCGUUCCAGCACUUGGUUUUACUGCUGGUGGUGUUGCUGCAGGCUCUGUAGCUGCCUGGAUCCAGAGCACCUUCCUUGGAGGAACUAUAGCAUCAGGAGGCAUCUUUGCUGGAAUGCAAAGCAUAGGAGCUGCUGGUCUAGCAGCCAGCACUAAAGCAGCUAUAGGUGCCGCAAGUGCAGUGGUUGCUGGAGUAACUAAAAACGACUCUCCUGUUGACACGGAUAGUUCUGAAAAAUCAAAUGAUUCUGAGAAAUGAAAUGAUUUUAAGCAGAAUUAAUAUUCUGAUGAAAUAAACAAAUGAAUGAAAAUGAAAGCAAUAAUGACAAUAAUUCAAUAAUAAUGCAAAACGAAGAUAAAUUUCGAUCAAAGAUUAAUCUGGCUGAUGAACUCAAACAACGGAAAUUUUAGUAUAGUUAAACUAUUUGUGUGUUGUUAGUCUUUUGAAGAAAGCUGUAGCAAAUUAAAAGCAUGAAUGCGUAUUUUAAUUGAAUAUUUUUUUCAUGAAAAUCAACAAGUGUAUAAUUAAUGUAAGAUUAAAUUUUACAAAGAAAAUAUUAUUUCAUUUAUUUAAAAAAAAAUAUGUAUAUUCAAUUUCAGAAUUCCAACAUAAAACUCAUCAUAUGAACAAUUUAUAGAUUAUUGAAUAUAAAAAGAAACCUAUAGUAUGCUAAAAAUAUUCACAAUUAUUCAUCAAUUUGAGAAUAAAUAUUAAAGUAAAUCGCACGGUAUGAAAUGUUACUGUAAAAAUAGAUUUUACGGUGAAAUAGAUUUUACGGAUGCUGCACUCAGGCAGCCAGCACUUUUGCUCUCGAAUGUUUUGCAAUGUACGUGUACAAUGUGUUAUACUUUUCUAAAGAAACUUCUUAUACAUUAAAAAUAUUCAUCAUUAUUCAUUUUGACAAGCUUAACAUGAAACCGCUAAUGCAAAAACGGUUGUAGUAAAUUUGAUCAUAUUAGUGUUGAAACUAUUAGUAGGUUAUAAGUAGAAAGAUGGCUAAUGUAUUUUAUGCUUCAAAAACCAUCAAACAUCACUAUGGGUUGAAGUAAAUUUAUUAUUUAUUUAUGAUUUAAGCGAAAGAGUUUAAGAAUUCAUUAACACGUUAAUAUUCUCAUGUAAAUAGAUUGUUAGGUGGUAAAAGUGAAUUAGAUAUGUAUUUUAUUCCAGUUUUGUCUUUCGAACGCAUAAGGAAGGUGUUAUUUACUGGUUAAAGUGCCCUGUAUUAUCGUAAAUUCAUUAAUAAAAUAAUUUUGUUGUUUGUUUA